AUGAGCGAAGGGGUCGCCUCGCCGCCGGGUGCCGCAGCCGCUGCCGAGGAGGGGGCGGCGGCGGCGGCGGCGGCGGGCGGGGGCCCUGCGGCGGGCGAUGGAGGGCCCGAGGCGGCGGGCCGGGAGCUGCGUUGCGGCGAAUGCCUGGUGUGGAACCGGCAGCAGACGUGGCUGUGUGUGGUGCCCCUCUUCAUCGGCUUCGUGGGCCUGGGGCUUAGCCUGAUGCUGCUCAAGUGGAUCGUGGUGGGGUCCGUGCAGGAGUACCUGCCCACCGAGCUGAUGGAUUCCAAGGGGAUCGAGCAGGACCCCUUCUUCCUCUCCAAGCAGCCCACCACGCCGCCCAAGGGCGGGGAGCCCGCCGCCUCGCCCGGCACGGACGCCGCCGCCGCCGCCUCUCAGACGCCCAACCGGAUGAGCACCCGCCUCACCACCAUGACCAAGGCUCCUACCCGCUUCCCGGCCACCCGGGGCCCCAUGCGGGCCAUCCCGCCGCGGACCACCACGGCGCGCCACACGCUGGCGCCCCCGACGCUCCUGGCCGGCGGCAGCACCGGCAGCACCACGGCUGCCGUCGCUGUCCCUUUCAGCACCACGCUCCUCCUGGCCCGCCCGCCGCCCGGCGCCCCUCGGAGCCCGCCUGGGGCGGCCUGGCCCACUGCGGCGUACACUACCUCGUCGUACAAGACUUAUCUUCAGGACUCGGCUCCUUCGUGGACCUUAUCCCCCUUCCAAGAGGCCAGCAGCACCACCACCACCGCCGCCCCGCCGGAGACCAACUCCAGCCCCAAAUACCAACUAGAUCCAAGGGAACCCUAUCGCUCCAAGGAAAGAAAGAAAGAAAGAAAGAGGAAGAAGAGAAAGGAAGGAAGGAACUAUUUAGGGCACAUGGAUUUUCUUCCCUUUCUCUUCCAAAG